UACACUUUAUCUUAAGUUCUUAGCUUAUUAUCAUCUAAAUAAUUUAGUAAAAAGAAAAAAAAAAGAAGAAAACAUUAAAAGAAAGAAAAUACAGCCUCCAUCAACUCUUUCUAUUAAAACACUUAAUCUCUUUGUAUAAGUUAUAAUGGAGUCAUACAUCCUACAAAUUAUCACUAUCCUUUAUGUAAGGCACAUUAUCAUUUUAACUAUAUAGCUAUUGUCUCUUAUUUUCUUAGAAAAGACUGAUGAUUUUUUUUUUUACUUUGUUUUGAUUUUCAAAAUAUGCAGAUAGGAAUAACAGCUACAGAAGCAACUUUUCUUCUUCCGAUAGCAGGUGCAUUACUAGGAGCCGCACAUCAUAGAGGCCAAGGGCAAGGACAAUUUGGGGGUAACCUCAAUUUUGGUCAUCAACUUGGAGGUUCCGGAGGUUUUAAUCUUGGAGGAAAUGCUGGAUUUGGAGGGUCAGGCCAAGCCUCAGGUUCAGGCCAAGGGGCUGGUCAGGGUCAAGCACAAAUCAGUAAACAACUUGGAGCAUCUGGAGGAUUAAAUCUUGGUGGAAACGCUGGAGUUUCAGGCUCAGGCCAAGCUGCAGGCUCAGGUCAAGCCUCAGGUUCAGGCCAAGGGGCUGGUCAGGGUCAAGCGCAAAUUAGUAAACAACUUGGAGCAUCUGGAGGAUUAAAUCUUGGUGGAAACGCUGGAGUUUCAGGCUCAGGCCAAGCCGCAGGCUCAGGUCAAGCCUCAGGUUCAGGCCAAGGGGCUGGUCAGGGUCAAGCGCAAAUUAGUAAACAACUUGGAGCAUCUGUAGGAUUAAAUCUUGGUGCAAACGCUGGAGUUUCAGGCUCAGGCCAAGCUGCAGGCUCAGGUCAAGCCUCAGGUUCAGGCCAAGGGGCUGGUCAGGGUCAAGCGCAAAUUAGUAAACAACUUGGAGCAUCUGGAGGAUUAAAUCUUGGUGGAAACGCUGGAGUUUCAGGCUCAGGCCAAGCUUCAGGUUCAGGCCAAGCAGUAGGUUCAGGGCAAGCUUCAGGUUCAGGCCAAGGAGCAGGUUCAGGACAAGCUUCAGGUUCAGGGAAAACAGCAGGUUCAGGUCAAGCUUCUGGUUCAGGCCAAGCAUCAGGCCAGGGUCAGGCAAAAUUAGGGGGUAACCUUAACUUUAAUCAUCAAAUUGGAGGAUCUGGUGGAUUUAAUUUUGGUGCAAAAAAGGAAUUUUCUGGUUCAGGACAAGUAUCAGGUUCAGGUCACGGGACUGGCCAGGGUCAAACACAAGCAGGUAACGACGUUGACUAUUUUGGUAAAGCAUCAGGAUCAAGCCAAGGGACUGGCCAAUCGUCAAGUUCAAGUCAAGGUCAAGGAUCUAGUCAAUCAUCAGGACAAGUUGCAGGUGCAUCUUCUGGAAAGUCUUCGAGCCAAGCAUCUGACCAAACAUCUGGGAAAUCUUCCGACCAGACAUCUGGCGAAUCUUCAAAGACAUCUUCAGCACAAGGAUCAGGACAAUCAUCAAGUCAAUCCACCGGAACAUCUUCUGGUCAAUCAUCCGAUAAAUCUUCUGGCCAAGGAUCAAGUGAAUCUUCAGCGUCAGGUCUAAAAGAUGAAAAGUCCUCCAAAAAGUCUUCGAGCGAAGCAUCCGGACAAAGUUCUGGAAAAUCUUCUGACCAAACAUCUGGCCAGUCUUCAAAGACAUCUUCAACACAAGGAUCAGGACAAUCAUCAAGUCAAUCUUCGGGAACAUCUUCUGAUCAAGCAUCUGGGAAAUCUUCUGGCCAAGGGAUGAGUGAAUCUUCAUCAUCGGGUAAAAAAGACGAAAAUUCCUCCAAAAAGUCUUCGAAUGAAGCAUCCGGACAAAGUUCUGGAAAAUCUUCUGACCAAACAUCUGGUCAGGCUUCAAAGACAUCUUCAGCACAAGGAUCAGGACAAUCAUCAAGUCAAUCUUCGGGAACAUCUUCUGAUCAAGCAUCUGGGAAAUCUUCUGGCCAAGGAACGAGUGAAUCUUCAUCAUCAGGUCAAAAAGACGAAAAUUCCUCCAAAAAGUCUUCGAGCGAAGCAUCCGGACAAAGUUCUGGAAAAUCUUCUAACCAAACAUCUGGCCAGUCUUCAAAGAAAUCUUCAGCACAAGGAUCAGGACAAUCAUCAAGUCAAUCCUCGGGAACAUCUUCUGAUCAAGCUUCCGGAAAAUCUUCUGGCCAAGGAUCAAGUGAUUCUUCAGCAUCAGGCCAAAAGGAUGAAAAAUCCGCCAAAAAAUCUUCAAGCGAAACAUCUGGACAAAGUUCUGGAAAAUCUUCUGACCAAAAAUCUAGCAAAUCUUCAGAAACAUCUUCAUCUCAAGGACCAAGUCAAGCAUCAGGACCAAGUGUUGAUGAUGCCUCAGGAAAAGGAUUAGACCAAGUAACUGGUGCAUCAUCCAAAAGAUCUUCUAGCCAAGCAUCUGGCAGUUCUUCUAAAUCCUUUUCAGCAUCAGGCCAAGUAGUGGGUGAGUCUUCCGGAAAGUCUUCAGGUCAAGUAUCCAGCCAAAAUUCCGGAAAGUCUUCGGGUCAAUCAUCGAGCCAAACUUCUGGAAAGUUAUCAGAUGAAUCGUCAGGAAAAGGUUCGGCACAAGGGUCAAACAAAGCAUCUAAAAAAUCUUCUGGAUCAUCAUCAAGUCAAGGAUCUGGGCAAUCUUCAGGAAGUUCUUCUGGACAAGGAUCGAGCCAGAAAUCCAGCUCAUCUGGACAAUCUUCAGGAUCAUCUUCUUCACAAGCAUCUGGUCAAUUCUCUAGUCAAACAUCAAAGAGCCACAUCUCAAAACAAGCAUCCAGUAGUUCUUCUUCAAAGUCUUCAAACCAAGCAUCUUCAGGAAAGUGCACAUGUCCUGAUUCAACGAGUGCCCCAUCUGGUCAAUCAUCUAGAAAGCUCUUAGUUAAAGCUCAUUAGAACCACAAUAUAAAGAAUAUAUAGUAGAAUUAUAUACUUCUCUGUUUUAUAGUUUACCAUGUUCUGGCUCUUAUGACAUGCAUGCGUAGAAUAAUUAAGUUGGUUAACGUUAGUUAACUGAAUUCACUAUAUAAAUUUUACAAUUGUAUGGUGAAUCUUACCUACUAUA